UUCCCAACGGGCAUCAUGGAGAGCACACGGGUUUUUGUCUCGGGUCUCCCUCCUACUAUUUCAAAUGACCAGCUACGGAAGCACUUUGCUACUCGCUUCCAGGUCACCGAUGCCCAUGUCCUGCCUAAACGCCGCAUCGGCUUCGUAGGCUUCAAGAGCCACGAUGACGCUCAGCAGGCGGUUGGCUAUUUCAACAAGACAUAUAUGAAAAUGUCGAAGAUCUCCGUAGACAUUGCUAAACCAAUUGACUCCGAGCCGGAUCAUUCACAUAAACGUGCCAAGGAGAGUAGAUCUUCCGAUGCCACAGAUACGCUCAAACGUAAACGGGGCGAUGAAGAUGCCCCCAAGGACCCGAAACUGCAAGAGUAUCUUUCCGUAAUGCAGCAUUCGUCCAAGACCCAGACCUGGGCUAAUGAUGAUAACGCCCCCAACCCCUCCGAGGAACACUCACUUGAAAAAGACCAGCCUGAGGAGGAGGACACCCAGGACCUCACCUUUGCCCAGCGCAAGAAGGCUAAAUUUGGGGAAGCUGAACAACGCACAUCCUCGAGGAAGCAGGAGCAGGAAGAGCCAGAGCCCAUGGUGGUUGAUGCUACCGGCGAAGAUCACGAUGAGCAACAGACGGAGCAACAUAAAGAUGAGGAGAAAGCGCCUGUCUCGGACAUUGACUGGCUUCGGUCAAAGACGAGUCGUCUACUGGGCUUGUUGGAUGAAGACGAACAGGCUGAGUUUGAAUCUCGCGAACCGCCGAAACCGGCCGUUCAAGAAGCAGUAUCGGAUUCAGAAGAGGAUACCGCGCAUGCUGAGAGUGCGACGGUGAAGGUUGAUGAUACGCCCGCAACACCUGCCGCUCCUGAGGUCGAGGUCGAUACGAAUAUCGAGAACAUUCGUCUCUCGGCUCGGUUGUUUGUACGAAACUUGGCCUAUGACACGACGGAUUCUACGUUAGGGUCAUUAUUUGCUCCGUUUGGCACAAUUGAAGAGAUCCAUGUUGCUUUUGAUACUCGGGUUUCGAAGAGUAAAGGGUUUGCCUACGUCCAAUUCGUCGACCCGGAUUCGGCUGUAGAGGCUUAUAGGAAUCUCGACGGCAAACAAUUUGAGGGUCGUUUACUACACAUCCUACCCGCAUCCGCCAAGAAGACGUAUAAGAUUGAUGAGCAUGAAUUGUCGAAGUUGCCAUUGAAAAAGCAAAAACAAAUUAAGCGGAAGUUGGAUGCUUCGUCAGCCUCAUUUAGUUGGAAUUCCCUUUACAUGAACGCUGAUGCGGUUAUGUCUUCCGUCGCCGAGCGCAUCGGCGUCUCCAAAUCAGAUCUUCUGGAUCCCACGUCUGCCGAUGCGGCCGUGAAGCAAGCCCAUGCUGAAACGCAUGUUAUUCAAGAAACGAAAGCCUACUUUACCGCCAAUGGCGUUAACAUAGAUGCCUUCAAACAGCGAGAACGUGGAAACACGGCUAUCCUGGUGAAGAAUUUCUCGUUUGGCGUCAAGUCAGAUGAGAUCAGGAAGCUGUUCGAGCCGUUUGGGCAGAUUACACGCCUAUUGAUGCCACCUAGCGGGACGAUAGCGAUCGUCGAGCUCUCGCGACCGGACGAGGCGCAAAAAGCCUUUAAGGGGUUGGCCUAUCGGAAAGUAGGAGAUUCAAUUCUUUUUCUCGAAAAGGCCCCAAAGAAUUUGUUCGAUGGGACGGCAACGCCGUACAAGCCGGCAGAAGCCAAGGCUGUCUCGCAGGGAUUCUCUACAGCUGACACCUUUGCGGCCAACGAACCCGAUGAGGCAAUCGCUACUGCCGCCACCGCUACGCUCUUCGUAAAAAAUCUGGCCUUUUCCACAACCAACGAGGCCUUCCUCGACGUCUUUCGGCCGCUGGACGGCUUUAUUUCGGGUAGGAUCAAGACAAAGCCGGAUCCGAAACACCCGGGACAGACCCUCAGUAUGGGUUUCGGGUUCGUUGAUUUCAAGUCAAAGCAGCAGGCCCAGGCUGCUCUGGGUGCCAUGAAUGGCUACAGACUUGACGGCCAUGAACUGGUCGUAAGGGCAUCCCACAAGGGCAUGGAUGCGGCCGAGGAGAGACGGCGCGAGGAUACGGCGAAGAAGGUGGCGGCGAGGAGAACCAAAAUCAUCAUCAAAAACUUGCCAUUCCAAGCCACCAAGAAGGACAUCAGAUCGCUUUUCGGUGCCUACGGACAAUUGCGGUCUGUUCGGGUGCCUCAAAAAUUCGAUCGGUCGGCUCGCGGUUUCGGCUUUGCGGAUUUUGUAAGCGCUCGCGAAGCGGAAAACGCCAUGGAUGCCCUGAAAGAUACGCAUCUUCUGGGGAGAAGGUUAGUGUUGGAAUUUGCCAACGUGGAAGCCAUCGACGCCGAGGAAGAGAUCCGGCAAAUCGAGAAGAAGGUAGGGGAGCAGUUGGACAGGGUCAAACUGCAAAAGCUCACGGGCACGGGGCGCAAGAAAUUUACCGUAGGAGCCCAGGACGAGGAGGACUAAGACUCAAGUGCUCGCUGUCUUCCCUCCCUACGCAUAAGAACGGGGGAUCUGAUCAAUGGUGGGCUCCCCGGCCAACACCCCCUUGCGUGACCGAGUGUCGAAGAGGAGAAAUAAGACGCCCAACACGUUCCCUGUGUCCUGUCAAGGCCGGCCCUGCCUACCCUCCGACGCGUCCUGCAAAGGCCCGUCGCCUCGUGCAGGUAAAUUUAGUUAGUUAUACCCCAUUUUAGGAUAUCCUUAAACAUCUCGAAUUCAAGGCUUCUUAUCCC